CCCACCCUGCCCGGCCCUUUCUGCACCGUCAUCUCCUGCCCCGCCGAGGUUCGACCCGUGAGUGGGGCCGCCCAAAACGGGCCAGACCGGGAGUCCCACUCCCGGCUGGGGGAGGGAAGGGAAACCGAGAUUGGACAGAAUCAGCGCCCCACCACCAGCAGCGGCACUGGGGUGGGGAGGUCUGUGGGCCCCGCCCUGCCGCUGGACUCUCAGGCUCUGGGACUGGGUGGAGGGAGGUUAAGGGGAUCCGUGCGGUCGCACAUGCGCAAAGGCUCCACAGUGUCCCCAGACCCUGGCUCCCCGGCCAGAGAACCCGAGUAUCGAGGUGGGGUUGGAGUCUGGGACUCAGCUCCACCCGCCGCCACCUGGCUCUCUGGGAAGCAUCUGACCUGUCACGCUCGAAGGACUGACCGCUAAAUAACUUCGCAGCUCCAACAAUGGGCAAUGCGCAGGAGCGGGCGUCGGAGACUAUAGACCGCGAGCGGAAACGCCUGGUCGAGACGCUGCAGGCGGACUCUGGGCUGCUGCUGGACGCACUGCUGGCACGGGGCGUGCUCACCGGGCCUGAGUAUGAGGCGUUGGAUUCACUGCCUGAUGCCGAGCGCAGGGUGCGCCGCCUACUGCUGCUGGUGCAGGGCAAGGGCGAGGCUGCCUGCCAGGAGCUGCUGCGCUGUGCCCAUCGUACCACUGGCGCGCCGGACCCCGCCUGGGACUGGCAGCACGUGGGCCCGGGCUACCGGGACCGCAGCUAUGACCCUCCGUGCCCAGGCCACUGGACGCCUGAGGCACCCGGCUCGGGGACCACAUGCCCCGGGCUGCCCAGAGCUUCAGACCCUGACGAGCCCGGGGGCCCUGAGGGCUCCGAGGCGGUGCAAUCCGGGACCCCAGAGGAACCAGAGCCAGAGCUGGAAGCCGAGGACUCUGAAGAGGCUGAACCAGAGCCGGAGCUGGAACCCGAGCCCGAGGCAGAACCAGAGCCGGAACUGGAGCCAGAGCCCGAGACUGACCCAGAGCCCGAGCCUGACCCAGAGCCCGAGCCCGACUUCGAGGAAGGGGACGAGUCCGAAGAUUCCUGAAGCCCAGAACGCUGACCGACUGUGCCCGCCCAUGCUGGAUAGGACCUGGGAUGCUGCCGGAGCUGGAUCAGAUGCCACCAAGGCUCGGUCUAGCCCAGUACCGCUAGAAGUGGAGAAACUCUGGAGGGUCAGCAAGGACCUGGGCUCUCUCCACGAUUCUGGCUGUUUGCCUAGGAACUGAGGGUGGGUGCCCCUGAGUCCCAGUGACCUGGGCAGCCCCAAGCCCACCACAGUCACCACCCAGUCCUCAGUCCUAAUCUGCCCUUAGGAGCCCAGGCUGCACCCUGGAGACCUCAGACCCAGUGCCCUGGUGGGACAUGGUCCUGACCCUCAUGCCCACAUACACAACCCAUUUUCCCUAAUGAGCCACUUGGCAGCCUGCGUAGGUACCAGCUCAACCCCAUGCAAGUCCCUGGGCUUAACAUGUAGCAAAGGGAGGGGGACUUCUCUCCAUGUAGGGAGGGCUUAGAGCUCACAGCCUUGAGAGGUGAGACUAGAAGAGGGGAGCAGAAAGAGGGGAGUAGACAGAGGCCACAGACAUCAUUGUCAUUACUGUUUUAAUUGUCUGGCUUCCCUCUGGACUGGGAGCUCAGUGAGGAUUCUGACUAGUAACUUACACAAAAGGCGCUGUACACAUAUUAUAUUUGCUGACUAUAUGAAUAAGGACUUUC